AUGCAAAAACCAAACAAGAAGAGAGAUUACAUCAAGGAGAGGAGUUUGGUGAGGAACCAAACCCAAGAAGAAGAAGAAAAACACAGACAAGAACAGCAAAAGAAAACUAACAGACCAAAAGCAAACCGAGUUGGUGCCAUGCGAGUUGUAGUUCCUGGAAAUUUUCCCAUGGGAUGCCUCCCGAUCUUCUUGACUACAUUGCCUAGUGUUGGUCCUGGAGCUUAUGACGAUCUCGGCUGCUUGCAUAGUUUAAAUGAGUUUGCAAUGUUUCAAAAUAACUAUCUUCAAGGAGCCUUGGGCUCUCUUAGACAAGAGUUUCCGCAGGUUGUUAUACUCUAUGCUGACUACUAUUCAGCAUUCCAAUCAGUUCUUCAUCGUGCACCAUUUCUUGGAUUUGACAAACAAUCACUACUGAAAGCAUGUUGUGGUAUAGGAGGGUCAUAUAAUUAUGAUCCUAUCAGGACUUGUGGAUCACAAGAAUCUAUUAGUGCAUUAAUGCUUUGUUCUUCGUCAAAAGCUGGGAUAGAAGCUCCAAGAUAUUUCUCAUCGACAAAUAAAUGA